AUGUUUCGAAUCUUCUUUGCAGUUGCCGCACUCGUCGUACUGAUCAAUUCGGAAUUGCAUAGAAUUUCGUUGCACAAGACCUCUGUUCGAAAAUCGAUUGGCAUCGCUUAUCGACAGGAUAAUUUGACGUUUGCUAGCAUAGUAAGGGAACCACUACUCAAUUUUCGGAAUACUCAAUACUAUGGCGUUAUUUCAAUUGGAACUCCACCGCAAAAAUUUAAAGUACUUUUCGAUACUGGUUCCGCUAAUCUUUGGGUACCAUCCGUACAUUGUGACCUUGAAGACGUAACUUGCUUGUCACAUAAAAAAUAUAAUAAUCGAACUUCUCGCACGUACAUACCAAAUGGUACUUUAUUCGAUAUACAAUACGAAUAUGGUAGACUGUCCGGAUACUUAUCUACUGAUGUAGUAAAUGUUGCUGGUCUUAAUAUUAUAAAUCAAACAUUCGGGGAAGCAAUAAUUGAACCAGGAAUAGCUUUUCUCUAUGCAAAAUUCGAUGGUAUCUUAGGAAUGGGUUACCCUAAUAUAUCUAUUUUAGGAGUAACUCCCGUUUUUACCAAUAUGGUUCAACAAGGCCUGGUGUCGCCACCAAUUUUUAGUUUUUACUUAAAUCGAACUUUGUUUAUGAUGGACAAUAAUGAUCUGACAUUGGAUAGCUCCACUCAUUACGACAACGAAAAUCUGUUGGAUCCUUCGGCCGGUAGUGUACUAAUAUUGGGAGGCUCUGAUCCCGCUCUUUAUGACGGCGAGUUAACAUAUGUUAAUGUUACUCGUAAAGGAUAUUGGCAAUUUGCUAUGGACAAAGUUCAAAUGGAAAAUGAAACCUUAUGUGCAAAUGGUUGUCAAGCUAUCGCCGACACGGGCUUUUCUCGACUAGCUGGACCACCAACGGACAUUGCAAUUAUUACUAGCCGGAUUUCAUUUGAUGAAUUUAACGGAGUAGUAUAUGUGGACUGUAAUCAGAUUUCUAAUUUGCCCAAUGUUACUUUUUUCUUAAGUGGUAAACCAUUCGUACUCACUGCAGACGAUUACAUCAUUGUGAGAACGAUUAAUGAUGAUGAUAAUGGUGAGGAUAUACCGGUAUGUUAUAGCGCCUUCGAAAUUGCGGCUCAGAGUGAGUUUGGUAUGAUAUGGAUUUUAGGUGAUUCAUUUCUUGGUCGGUAUUAUACUGAAUUUGAUAUGGGGAACGAUCGCGUAGGAUUCGCUCCCGCAAAAUAA